AUGGAAUUUACCACCCAUUUUGAGCUGCAAUCCCAAACAACUCGACUCGUCGAAAGCGUAACGUAUCGCACCCGAACUCGUGUCACAGACGGGAUUCUCACCCUCUAUGAUGCCCUAUUCCAAGGGACCUAUACCCGAGAGGACGCUACGAAUGGAAAUUCGCUCUUGCAAAAUUACAACACGCCGCAUAUUUCUUGGAAUGUCACGAAUAACAAGUAUCACGUAACCCAAAAAAAUGAGCUUGUUUGUAUUUUAGGCAUACUCUCCGGAAUACCAGAGAGUGCAAUAUGCGUUCAAAGAUUCGAUGAUUCACGGAAUUCUGCAAUUCACACUACAUAUCGCACUUCACUGCGUUCUUCAUCGAUGCAAGAGCCAAGAGAUCCAUUGUUGAAAGUUUUGUUUAUAUUACAUUUUAGAAUCGAGCAUGUAAUCGCCGGAUUCCGAAACAAAAAAAAAUAUAAUGAAUUUGGAUACUAA